CGGAAGUCGGCAGCAGGUGCCACCGGAAGUGUGUGUGGUCUAGCCUUUUACCGACAGAAAGGGAGGGAGCUAACGGCGUAUAAUUGCAACAAGCAAAGCAAAAAAGAAAAACAGCAUAUAAUACUAUAAAGAAUCAGAUUGUGAAAUGUCUACGACUGAAAUGAGUGCUGCAGUACCCAACCAUCGAAAGACCAAGCCCGGUGUUGCAGGUACGAAGACCGGGGUUUUGGCCAGCGGUGGUGCGUCUGGACCGACCUCCCAGAUCCCGGGUCUGUCCCAGACUGCUGACGAAACCUCUCCGGUGGAGAGGAACAGCGGGAGGCGGGUUGGGAUCUUUGCGUCAGACUCCGAGUAUGUCAAGCUCGCAAAGGGAGGGGGCCACAAAGGGCUGCUGAGUCAUGAUGCUGAUGCCGAUGACCAACCCAUGCAGGCCUACAAUCCGCCCAACUGGUAUGGAGAUGAGUCAAAGGGCGGAAGCAAACCAACGUCUCCCGACAGCGUGAUGAAGGCUGCUCGCCUUCUGGCUGCACCGUUUGGGACUGAUAACAGUUCGUCCUGGGAAAGAGAUGAUAUAAUUUCCCCUGAUAAAGAGAUGUCUCCUGAUGGAGUUGCCAAUGAGAUGGAAGGUCUGUCCAUGACCAACAAAUACAAGAGAACGUGUUAUGAGAAGAAGGCUGUCCCGGUCAGCAUGUCCAAGCUGCUGAGUCAUGGCUAUGUUGACAAGAAGAAGUCUCCCAAUGACGACGAUGAUACUUCAAGUGUGACCUCAGAACAGACCAGCACCAUCAUGACGGAGGAUGUGGAAGACCUGGAGUAGUGCGCUGACGUUCUGGUUUUGAGGGAAAGGGGGUUCGUUCUAACACUGGUUCGUGGUUCCUACAAAUCUACGAACACACUACUCCGAACCCCCCUCGGAUUCACUCGCAUUUAUUGUACAUCCACUGACUGUUAGGUUUUGUACUCAUGUUUAUGCAAAGGUACUGUCCUCUAUUUAUUUGCUUUCAUUUGUAAAAAGAGUUCACGCAGAUUUUGUUGUGUUGUUGGUGCUCGCAGUGUUUUUUUUAAUUUCUGUAUUGACGUUCCUCGAUUUGAAAGACGAGUUGUGCUAAGGGCAGGAAACUAACUGAUUUUGGGUCCAAAGAAGCUGGUUGAGUGAGAAAUCAGUUUGAUUUUGAACCCAAAGUGGAGCUAAAGCUUAAAUUCAACUGGUGUCUGGUGUUAGUUUCCCUCCCUGGUUGUAUGAAGAUCGAGUUAGUGAAUUUAAAGUGUUUGUGCUCAUGAAAUGUGGUUCCAGUGACGUGAAUUAUUAUUUGUUUGGAUCAAGGGCUCCUGCUCUCUGAAGGGAUGUUGGAGGUUUGUGUGUUUUCCGGCUGCGGGGUGGAAACGAUCAUUGGUUGAGACGGCCUCCCUGCAGCUGUGACCACAUGCCAAAAUGCAUUCUGAUAGUUUGUGUGGCUAAACGGGGCCAAAGAUGAUUUCGUUAGGUUGCUGCUCUGCAAAAGGUUGCCCUCCUCUACUACUCGCCCACAAAUCUGUUGUUUUUGAGAUCUAACAUCGAGAAACGUGCGUCGUUUGAUUGUGCAAGCUGCAUUUUUAUGCUGCUUUUCGUCCAAGAAGAAAAAUACCUCAUGUUUAACGAAAUCUAAAGUUAGUUUCCAGAAGUUUUGAUGCUAUCGGGAGCUGCAAGUUCAAUUUCUUCAUUAUUAGGAAGCUCAACAGUAAAUAAACACUGCCAAGUGUUGUAUGUUAGAAACUUGCUCGUGAUAGAACUAAAUGAGGUCUAUUCUGUAUGUUUAAGCCCUCCACUGUUUAUGUUAUUGCGUUCCCAUUCAGCCUUAUAAACCCAACACUCAUGCAACAACAGAUAAAGUGUUCUGGGAAAUAUAGGGGCCACCUUCAGCAAAAUGCCGAGCUGAAAGUCAAGUCCAGCGUAAUUCCCUGUGAAGAUUAAGGCGGACGAGUUUUACAAAGUGAGUUCUCAAUAUGCCAACCAAGCAGUUAGUCCCUGCUCAUGCAGUGUGUGUUUUAAUUUGUAGACAUCAGUAGGAGAAGUUAGUGUUAGUGCACAGCCUGAUCACAACAAACCCUCCAUCUCACCGCCACUUUGUCCGUUUGAUAACUUCAAACCUGGAAAGGCAUUUGCUGCAGGUCGAUGGAUAUUCUCUCUUCUGUCGUCUGUCAAUCAGAGACUUCUGCGUAUUUAUUCUUUCAAAUCUUUACAUUUUACUCGGUAACAUAAAUUUAUUACGAAAGUUAAUUUCAUUUGUAGCAAACACUGUCUGUGUUGCUCCUCGUUACAUAAUGUGCAAAUAUUGAUUUUGCCGACAACUUAAUUAAGCUUAAUUGGUGAAUACAUCCAUCCAUUUUCUGCUGCGUAUAAGCGUCCAGUUUGCAUUCAUUUAAUUGAUUAUGUCUCUACGAGUUACUGUUAUAUUCUGCUGGAAAGUACUGGAAAAAAUGUGAUUAGACAGCUUUCAAGGCCACAUGGGCCCUACUGGUUUCCUCUGUACUUUGACACCUGAUCCAGUAUGAAACCGGUUUGAAAUUCCACUCAUGUGGCACUAAUAAGGUCUUUCAUACCCUUUUGUUUUUCAAAAACAAGUUGCUUUAUUUGCCUUAAAUCAAGUUAAGUGUAGGAGUCUUUUGUUUAGGUGCAGACUGACGAUAGGAAAGCUUCAUGGACGGAGGAGACGGGAAGUGACUCCACCUCUUUGUCCUCGGCUUGAAGUAGUUUGACUGUCAGGAUAUCUCAAAAUUGAAUUUGUUUUUAUUUGAUAGACAGUUCAGCUUUGUGUCAUUUAACGGUGUACUUUUCUUUUUAAUAGCCGUGACCGUGAACCUAACGGUGACAGUAAAAUCCUAAUCCUACAGGGACAUUUGUCAGGCGGAGAAAAAUCUCUUAAAAAUGAAAAGGAUAGGAAUAAUUUAUUUGGGUGUUAACAGCAAGGUUUAAGCUCCGAGUUUGCACUCGUAAAUCCAACACAUUCAUCACCUGCGUCUCUAAAGUGAUGCCGCAGUAGCAGACUGUCAUUUGAAACAAACUUGCUGAAAAACUGACAAGAGACGUGUCAUGUUCAACACUGCUGUCAUGUUCAACACUGCUGUCCCGCUUAGGGCCGUCACAGCAGUGAUGCAUCAUCGAUCUGUAUAUGGACGCUGGGUUUUAUUUUGCAGUAGAAGGAAUGACAAAUGUAUGUUUCUGAUAUUGUUUGCUUUGAAGAACAGGUUUAUUUUUCAUGAACUGUUUGCUGUCUGUAAAUGGUUCAAUUUUAAAUGCAAAUGUACCAGAAGAGACUGAAGAAGGCAGCUUUUAAACAGAAGAUCCCUCACGUGUUUGAAGACACAACUCAAUGUAAGACCCCGCUAAUCUUGAUGACAGCACACAGACUCUUAAUUAUCAUUUCAAUAAAUGGGCAUGUGCAUG